AUGAGCGCAGGCGGCGCUGCCGCCGAGGUCAUUGCGUCGCCGAGCGGCCGCUUUGACCUGCCUGCUUCGGCUGUGCGCCAUGUGGACGACACAGAUGAAGAGGUGUUUUUGCUGCAUACGCUUCGUAAUCCAGAAAACGCUCACGGCCUUGGAUCGAUAGAUAGCAAGAACGAUACCAUCGACGUGCGCCUGGAUCUCAUACCAGCUCGCACCUUUAAAGGCGCCAAGAAAACGCGAAAACCUACCGAGGUCAAUGUGAGCAUCACGCAAAAUUGCACGGCCCUUCGAACACGCGUGGGGGAAACGGGCAGCGUUGUCUGGCGCUGCAGUGUGCUGUUGGCAGAGCAUGUCCUACGGCAGCUAUGGGGUGUGAUGGAUCCAUCUUUCCCUACACUAUUUUCUGCGUCGCAGUUUUCUGACUGUCGUGUGCUGGAGUUGGGGGCCGGCACAGGCGUCAUGCCGGCCUGCUUACUAGCCCAGUCAGGGUGGCUCCUUCCUCGCGCUGAUCCGCUCCGCUGGAUCUCCACCGACCGAAAAGAGAAUCUUUCUCUCAUUGCGAAGAAUGUGGCUUCAUGCAUCCCGCCCAGUCCACAGGUGGACGUUCACGUCCGCGAACUGGAUUGGAUGCAUAUUCACGACGUCGGCCAAGAUCCACAUGCGCGGCGCCUAAAAGCUCGGCUUGUUCGGGAUACGCUGGCUCCUUUCUCCUCGGAGGCGGAUGUUGUAUACCCGGAUCUGAUUCUAUGUGUGGAUUGCGUGUACAAUCCUGCCCUGCAUGCGCCCUUGGUUUCUACGCUGGAUGCCUUCUGUGAGCCUUCGAAGACUGUGAUUCUCCUAGUGAUGCAGCUACGUGAAGUGGAUAAUACCCAAAUGUUUCUCGAGGCAUGGACGCAGCAUACGGAUCAUACCAUAUACCACCUAGAUGACGAUAUGCUGCCGCCGGCCAUGCGCCAGGGCUACGCUGCGUGGAUUGCUUGGCGUGGAGAGGGUGGCCUUACCGCGUAA